AUGGCUCCAGUAGACCAGUUAAUAUUCUCCUUGAAACCUUUCGGUUCCAGGGCCGAGAAGGUCGUAUCACACAAGAAUAAUGACAAAUGCACCUCGACUAAGUGGCAUGGGACACGCUGCUUCAAUUUCGGAAGCACUUUUCAAACCAAGCACGCUAAUAAAAUUAUAACUAUCGCAACGUUGGGUAGUAGCCGAAGUAAGGCUGACGCCUACAUAAGCGGAGACGAUAUUGAAAGCAUACAUUGCACUUUCUAUAUCAACUAUGAGACGGGUGUCGUAGUGCUUCAAGAUGAGUCCUCCGGAAAGACUCGCAUUUACCAGGACACCGAAUCGCAAAUCAACACAUCUCAUAGAGAAUACCGUCGUGCCAUAGUUAUGAAAGGAAUUAACGAAAUGAUUUCUCUAGGAUCCCCGGACGCUCCAGCAAGGUUCGAGAUUAUCUGGAGCCUCAAACCCGAGAAAAUCCUGGAAAUCGUAAAAAAGCGAAUUUCAGAAGCGUCCGAGGCCAAAAUAAGCAAGGAUAUGUGGAAUUAUACAGAUCAGACGCAGUGGACGAACGUUCCAAAUCCGAUAAAACACCACCCCAUAGUCGAGCUUGGGAGGGGCGGGUUUGGCAAGGUUAUGAAAACCGUUGACCGAUACUCGGGCGGCGUGAUGGCCGUCAAGCUGCUGCAUCGGCCUAAAGACAACAAAGAUCCUCGUUGGCUGGAUACCUUGAUAUCCGCCCGAGAUCGAGAAGUCUUUAUACUUUCCAAGCUCAAACACAAGCACAUCGUGAAUUAUCUUGGCUCGCAAGGCUGGGACACGGGGUUUGUCGAGAUAUUCAUGCCCAUGAAGAGGGGAACGUUAGCCGAUCUAGUGCGCCAGUAUCCGGCGUACGACUCUCUGAAGAAAAAUGGCAACACCGUGUUACUACAGAUGUUAUCCGCGCUUGAUUAUCUUGCGUACAGCAAGCUCAUACAUCGCGAUAUAAAGCCAGAUAAUAUCCUUUACGAUGUGAAAAUCGUAGACGGAGAAGAGCGUAUCGUCUUCCAACUGGCUGAUUUUGGGCUAUCGGUUCUCCAGAACCUAGGACGGAGCCAGGCCGGCACCAUAAUCUUCAUGGCACCUGAGGUGUACGAUGGUGAGAAGACACAGACGCCCAGGGCGGAUGUCUGGUCUUUGUACGUGACCAUGUUAUGGGUUUACAACGAGGAACUAUUCCGCCACAGGGUCGAAACAGGGAGACUACGGGGACAAACCGAAGUCCGGAGAGCCGUUCUCAACAUCGCCUCGUCUAGCAAAGAAUUGUUGUUUCUUCGCAGCAUGGCGAUUUACGACCCUUCCCUUCGCGCUUCGGCGGCGCAGAUACUGACUGGACUCAAUAGAGAAGACCUAAUGACCCAUAGUGUCGCUGCAUCGAUCAACUCGUAUAGCGAAUGGAUGGCGGAUGUGAGAGCGGGUAGAAGCAAAUUCACCCCCUAUCUCUCGAAAAUCCUGGAGUUUUAA